AUGUGGCCGUUUACGCGGAGUAACAACGCCACGAACCUACCACAGGCCGAGCACAAACGCAACGACGACCACGUCGACCGAGACGACCGCGACGACUGCGACGAAGCCGUCCACCAGCAAGCAAUGGACUCGCACCCGCUUGACCCCACACUGGCCGAACCCCAAGAUGUACCACUCCCCUUCCGCUUCUCGACGAGCUCUUUCCUCUCCCUGAUCCCCGAAGUAUUGCACGGACCUUUACGCACGCUCUUGAUCCACUCGCUCCGACUCGGCCCUCUCCCGCCUCACAUCGCCUUCAUCAUGGACGGUAACCGACGUUCAGCCCGCCUGCGCUCCCUCCCCGUCCAAGUAGGACAUCAAGAAGGCUUCGAGGCCUUGAAGCGGGUCCUUAGCUUCUUGCUCAAGUUGGGGAUCUGCAACGUCACCGUUUAUGCGUUCUCGAUCGAGAACUUUAAUCGGCCUCCCGACGAGGUCGAUGCGCUGAUGGAUAUGGCCAGGGAACGAUUGGUCGAAAUUUGUCAAAAAGGGUCAGUGAUCAAACCCAUUCCUCGGUGUAGAGCACUGGACUGAGGGAUUCUUGACUUUACUAGCGCACUGUUGGACCGACAUGGCGUACAAAUCAGGAUUUUGGGACGACGCGAUCUUUUACCCGAGGACGUGCAAAUCGCUUGUUCCAAAGCCGAGGAAUUGACCCAGCACAACACAAAGUUUGUCAUAGUUCGACUUUGCCAAGUCGAAUGGCCGGAACUGAACAAUCUAUUCCUUCGUCCCACAGAGGCGUCCUAAACUUUUGUUGUCCCUACACGUCCCAAGAGGAGAUGCUCACCUCGAUCAAGCGAGCCUCUCGUCUUCCUCACUCGUACGUGCAUGUUUCUCACGCACUCUAGAUCACUAAACCCCCGCCAUUCCAGGCUCACCAGACCACCUGCUACCUGCAGUGAAAUCACCGACGAAUCCCUCUCCUCGCACCUCUACACCUCCCAUUCACCCCCCGUCGACAUACUCCUACGCACCUCGGCCGUCUCCCGUCUGUCCGAUUUCCUCCUCUACCAAUCGAACGAGGACACCGUACUGCAUUUCAUCGAACCAAACUGGCCGGAUAUCGGAGUCGUCGAUGUAUUGGGUCCCGUAUUGGUCUAUCAGAGUGAAGAGGUCGUGAGGAGAUUGAGGACGGCUGUGGGGUGGAUGAGAGGGUGA